CUAGCCCCUGCCCCAGUGUUGGUAGAGGGGUCUCCCAGCCCAGGAUGCAGGGGUGCUGCAGCCAGGUUCACCCAGGAUGCCCAUCACUCAGGAGAACGCCCAGGACCACCUGGGUCUGCUGGAGGAAUGGCUCCAGACUCAGACCAGAGACCAGCUCCAUGACGACAACCCCGAGGGAGACCAGGACUCGUAUCAGGAGGGGGAGAGUGACGACGCCAGCAGCACCUCCAGCAGAGACAUGUCCCUCUGCCAGCCUGCCGUCACCAAGCUGGUGGAGUACAUCCAGAUGAACUUUGUGGAGGGCGACAGCCCCCUGCCCCUAACCCCCACCCUGCCCCCCCUCCAGGAGAGGCUGGACUCGGUGGUGAGGGCCGUGUGCCUCACCAAGGGGCCGGGCGAUGGGGCGGAGUUUGGCCUUACCUUCGGGAACAUCCCCAUCUUCGGGGAUCCGGAGGGGAAGAGGAGGAGGAUGAGGCGGGGGAGGAGGGGGGACCGGGGCCCCCUGCUGGACGUGGGCUGUAUCUGGGUGACGGAGGUGAGGAAGGGGAGCCCGGCGGCACGCUGCGGGAAGCUGAAGCUCCGGGACGAGCUGCUCUCACUCAACGGUCAGCUGAUGGUGGGCGUGGACGUGACGGGGGCCAGUUACCUGGCAGACCAGUGCUGGAAUGGAGGCGUGGUCUUCCUGAUCAUGCUGCGCAGGAUCAAACGCAAGGCCCCGCCCCCUCCGUGCAACGGGAACGGUGUUUCCGGGGGCAACGGCGUGACAGGCCGAGCGAGCGAGCGCCGUGGAAGCACCUCCUCCGACGCCCCCGGAAGCCCCGCCCUCAACGGCAAGCGGACGCGCAAGUUCGGGGUCACGUCCCGCGCCUCUGUCUCCCGCGACGACGGGAUCCGUGACGACAGGAUCCGUGACGACGGGAUCCAUGACGACGGGGUCCAUGACGACGGGGUCCGGGACCCGGAGCUGGAGAACGGGUUUCCCCCCUCGCCCUCUGGUGACUCCUCGCCAUCGCAGGACGGGCCGGGUGGGCGGGGCUUGGCGGUGGACAUGCCCACGGGGAAGGGGCGGCUGGCAGGGGCGGGGCUGACCCCAGGGGGAGGGGUACCCCAAGGGGGAAGGGUUCCCCAGCACCUGCAGAACGGAGGAACAGCGACCCUUCCUACUCGCUCCCACACCCGCCUGUCAGAGAGCUGCCAAGCUGAAUCGCCCAGCUGUGAGACAGCUAGCCAGCCCAGGGAGAGCAGCCACAUCUGGAAGAUGCACAUGGUGAAGGGUCAUGAGGGGCUGGGCAUCCAGAUCACGGGGGGGCGGGGCUCCAAGCGCUCGCCGCACGGCAUCGUGGUCGCCCACGUGGAGGAUGGUGGCGCCACCCAGAGGGACGGCCGUCUGAGGUCAGGUGAUGAGCUGCUGAUGAUAAACGGUCAGUCUCUGGUCGGCCUGUCCCACCAGGAGGCCGUGGUCAUCCUGAGAGCCACAGAGGGACUGGUGCAGCUGGUGGUGGCCAGCAGGGAGGAGUCCGAGGUGGACUUCCACAGGUACCCGUCCACCAGCCUGCCAGACCUGGUCAGCACCUGCGCCGCUGCCUGCCCAGGUGGGCGAGCCGCCUCCAGGGACAUCGCUAAGGAGCCCUUCCCUAAGGAGGGCCAGGGGAGUGAGGGCCUGGAGGCCACCAGGGAGGACUUGACCUCCAGCAGCCUCUCUCUUCCCAGCCAUGACUCUUUGACGGAGCAGGAGAAGCUGGAGGAUAAAGGCCGGGGGGAAGAGGGAGGCCUGGGAGAGGGUAAAGGCCAGGGGGAGGGGGCUAAAGGCUGCUGCAGAAGUCCAACACCCAUGAAAUUUCGCAGCCGGUCACAAGGCGGAAGCAGUCGGCUGGAGUCCGUGGGCGAGGACGAUGAGCUGAUGGUGGAGAACGGCGAGGCGGGCGGAGAGAUGGCCGACAAGCCGACGCGCAGCGGCCGCAAACACUCCCUCCCCCAGCAGCUGGACACGGCCGGAGUCCGCCAGGAGUAUCAGAUUGUGAAGAAGUCGGCUCGUUCGCUCAGCACAGUUCAAGUGGAAUCACCAUGGCGACUGGCCCAACCUUCCAUUAUCUCUAACAUCGUCCUGAUGAAAGGACAAGGCAAGGGCCUAGGCUUCAGCAUCGUGGGAGGGCAGGACUCGGCUCGAGGGCGGAUGGGGAUCUUUGUCAAGACCAUCUUUCCAAACGGAGCUGCGGUGGCCGACGGCCGACUGAAAGAAGGAGAUGAGAUCCUGGAGGUGAAUGGAGAUUCUCUGCUGGGCCUUACCCACCAGCAGGCCAUCCAGACCUUCAAGCAGCUGAAGAAAGGCGUGGUCACCCUGACGGUGAGAACUCGUCUCCGCAGCCCCAGCCUGACCCCCUGCCCCACCCCCAUCCUGCUGAGCCGCGCCGGCUCCCCCAACUCCAGUGGGGGCACGCCCGUCCCCCCCGCCCCCGAAGAGGCCGACCGCAGGGCCCCCACCGGACCCCCCGGCCCGGGCCCCAAGGACCGCAUCAUCAUGGAGGUCACGCUCAACAAAGAGCUGGGCGUGGGGCUGGGUAUCGGUGCGUGCUGUCUCACCCUGGAGAACUCUGCUCCUGGCAUCUACAUCCACAGCUUGAUGUCGGAGCAGGAGAUGGAUGACGUGAUCGCCCGCUCCCUACACAGGGACAGUGUCUGCAAGGACGGCCAUGCCUCUCACACUCUGGGUCUCCCCUCCAAGAGCCCCUCCCCCUCGGUGAAGGCCAGGCAUGGAGAGGGUUCUCCUGGCCUCAGCUGGACCAUGAAAAGGUUCCUGGACCCGGCCAGCAGGCAGGGGUCUCUGAGUUCGGAGGCGGAGCUGUCCCAGUACUUCUCACAGGAAGCCCCCAGCACUUCCUGUCAGGCGGAAACCAUGGCGAUGGGCUCCAGCGAGGAGGAGGGGCUUCACCAGCGGGCCUGCUGCAGAAGCGUCUCAUUGGAAGAGCCCUCCACCCAGCAACACGCGUUCAAAGAUGUGUCCAGCGUGGUAGCAGCCGGGGGCCCUCCGCCCCCCCCAGGGGAGGCCCGCCCCCCCCAGCCCCCCCGCCAGCUCAGCAGCUCCUCCCUCCGCAGCCCCCUCCUCCGACAGCGACGCGUCAUCUGCUACGACGACGAGCCCAGCGACGACGACGAGGACAACGCCGGCGCCACGGCAACCGCGUUCCGCAGGGCCGCCGUACCGGGUGACGCCCGGCGCUCCCGUUUCCCGGAGAACGACUCCGGGAUCGUCAUCGCCACGUCGUCUCUGGAGGUGGACCAGGACAGCCAGGACGACAGGCGUGGGGGGGCGAGGGACAGCUCCCUGGAGUCUGACGAGGGCUUUCCCCCGGGCGCUGACUCCCCCUUCAUGCCGAUUCGCCACUUCGACCAGGAGGCGUGCGGCGGGGGCGUGUCCGGCAGUUUGGGCGUGAAGGAGCCACAGCGCCCCCGAGAGGCGGGGGGCCAGCUGGAGUCAAAGCGCUCGCCCAAACUGGAGCACAAGGCCGUGACUCGGGUCAAGAGCAUGAUGAGCAUUGAGGCGCCCAACUCACCUCAGCAGAGAGGGAAACCUGAGGAGCUGCCCCAGGUCUCUCCACACCCCCAGGGCCCCCAGCCCAGGGGCUCCCUCCCCAGGGCCCAGCAGGGCAGGAAGGGGGAGGCCGGGGCGGAGGCUGGGGCCUGGGGCACCGACACGGUGGUGCUGAGGAGGAGCGAGGAUGAGUCGUUCGGUCUGGAUCUGGAGAUCAAGGCUUCUCCUGUCCAGGUGCUGGUGACGGGACUGAGGCCAGGAGGGGCUGCCCAGAGGGAGUCCCAGGGGAAGAUGGGCGUGGGAGACGAGAUUGUGGCGAUCGGGGAGCGUGUCCUGUGCUCCUCCAGUCAUCAAGAGAUCUGUGAGCUCAUGAACAACCUUCCUGUCACACUCGUCCUGGAAGUCAGGAGACCAGUUUCAGCUGUAGAUCGAUUAUCCAGUCUGAUGAUGUCGUCAGGUGGGUGUGAUGGGACCUCCAGAGCUCCAGAGGAGCCUGGCAGUCUGGACAGCCACGCGGCUGAAGACCUGGGAAGCAGCGACUCACCUGAGACUAAACUCACAUCUGCAGCCCAAACUAACCACAGCAGCGAGAUCCCUGUCACCAACAUAGACAAUGUCAUUAGCGAGCUGAUCUCCUUCCCUGAUAAAAACACGUCUGCCAAACUCCCAACCGACACUACGGCCUCAGACAGCAUCAGCCUGCCAGGACACGACCAAAUCACCACUCAGGCUCCGACACGGCCCAAUCUGCUGAAUUUCUCAAUUUUAGACACAGAAAACAAACCUCCCCUCCUGCCAGUGGGCAAAACAUUCUUAAACAAUUACUCCAGAAACUUCCAUCCCCUCACAGGAGAGGGGGCGGGCUUCUCUAAUGGCGUGGGCCCCGAGGGGCCAGGCGUCGGGUCCAAGCACAUGUACGACAUGGCCGAGGACAGCGAUUCUGAAAGCGACUCCACCACCACCGACAACACGGCAAGGCCGGGCCUCCAGCCCCAGGAAACGGACUCUGACGAGGAGGAAGUGGAGCUCUGUUACAGUGAAGUUCAGCAUCCCAGCGCCCCAGGAGGGGGGACAGACGGGGCAUUGUCUCCCCAGCCUCCCCUCACCUCCGGCAGCCUCGACACGAAGGAUCCCGGCCUUUUUGAUGUGGUACGAGACUCUGCCUCUGUCUCCAUCCAGAACAAAGGCUUGUCUGUCGUGACAAGCCAAGCCCCUCUCCCUUCUGCUGCUCCGCGGGACACUCAGCCCUCAGGUGCCUCUCUGCCCGCUGAGCUGGAAGCUCCCUCCUUCCCUGAGGGGAGGGAGAAGUCUUCUAAGGAUGAAAACAGCGUGCCGGCUGCUGGGCCUACACAGUACAGGGUUAAUGGUGCCAAGGCCUCCUGCGACAGCGUUGUGGCACCCGCUGCAUCCGCUCAGGUAUGGCUGAGUGUCUGUAGCCCCUCCCCCACGCUGGGCCCCUCCCCCACGCUGGGCCCCUCCCCCAGGCCGGGCCCCUCCCCCACGCCGGGCCCCUCCCCCACGCCGGGCCCCUCCCCCACGCCGGGAGCCCUCAGCGUCACGUCUCCGAGGCAGGACAGGAGAGGGAGGCUGAACUGUAACGCUUCACUGAACUCUGCUCCAGGGAAAUCACACAACGCACCGUCAUCCCUCCUCUCGGCUGAGCCGAAGUCUUCCAACUGCAGCGAGGGGAGGGCAGGCGUCAGAUCGCCCGCCCCGCUAACGCAGAGAGACAAGGAGAGAGAGAAAGUCGUAGCUUCUCAUGAAACUAGAACAGUUCAGAACCCCCCUGCGAGUCCUUCUCUCAGGACAGCAGCUAACCCUCUCAGUGGCAGCUCAGCGCCCCCCUCUGGCUCCAGGCUCAAACUACAGGACAAAACACAAAGAUCGAGCACCACGCCCAAACUGAAGGGCCUCACUAUCAAGAGUAAAUGCAACCAUCAGGAGCAGCUUUCUCCAAAACCAGUGAGAGCUGAAAGUCCGAUUCUUAGAAGGCCCACCGCUUCCCCAGUCCAGUCCCCCAAACUACAACCCAAGAAGGUUGCUUUGACCAGUGGGGUUAAGACAGGUAAACAGCUCGAUAAGAGCAACAGCCCUGCAUCACCAAAACGCUGCCCUGAUAAGACCAAGACCAACGCCACAUCCUUGAACACGACUCAGUCAACCACAAAGACAAAACAGGAUCCUGGUCCCAGUACAGAGCAUCAGGAGAGCCAGGUGGUCUACCUGCAGAAGGUGGAGACAUCAACCACCCAGAGGACUUUCAUCGAGGUACGACUCUCAUCUUCGUUGACUCCUGUUUUGCCGCGGAAGGAAACUGUGAAUUCAAAGGACUCAGCAGCUCUGGGUUUUACACAACACCACGCCAGCUCUAAUCCCAGUUCAUCCCCUAAUGCUGCCAGUUCACCUCAACCAGAAAACACAAACAGCACCACAAGCUAUGCAGAGGUGAAAUCCGUAGAACCAGUCCCUGAGACCAAUCUUCCCACAAACAACGGACCGUUGAAUAAUCCACAAAAAAACUCAAGCAUAACAGAGACCGCUACGAGCGUCAAAUCGAGCCGAUCCAAACUCUGUUCCAAGACGAUGGAGCGUCGUAGUUUCUCCUCAGAGACCGGCGCCCCUGCGGAUCACAACCCCUUUUCCGUCCGGCAACGGAUCAAAUCCUUUGAGAACCUGGCCAGCUUUGAUAAGCCAGUGGUCAGGUGCUUUGAGGUCCAGUCGUACGGCCCGCCGUCCAAGCCCCCGCUCAGCCGAAGGCUGUCUGGGUACAUCCCUGGCUCGGUCAGCUCUGUCGACUCUCGCUCUCUACGCCGGAGCCUCAGCUCCUGCAUGGACAACUUCAACCCCGCUGCUCCCGCGUCGCCUCCGCCCGCGUCGCCUCCGCCCAGCAAGCCUCCGUCGAGCCUGGUGCUCAUAAACCUCGAGCUGCCAGCCCAGAGCUUUCGCCAAGCCCCCCCGCCCGGUGACGACGCUCUCGAGAUGCUGAAAGCGUUUCCUGAGGCGUCCCCGCCUCCACCCCAGACGCCUCCGGUGUUGAGAAGCAGGCAGGCCAGGGGCCACGCGGGGGGCCACGCGGGGGGCCAAAUCGGCCUGUCCCGCUCCAGGCUGAGAGAACUGAGGGCUCUCAGCAUGCCUGAGCUGGAUAAGCUUUGUACGGAGGACUUUGCCAGCGAACCAGGGACAGUCACGUUUAAAACCCAUCUGGAGAUUCACCCCAGCAGGAGCUCCGAGCUGUCCCCCACAGAGAGUACCCUGCAGUCUGCAGCUCACCUGGGAAGCUCGACCCGGGGAGAGGCAGAGGCAGAUGGACGCUCCCUCCAGGGGAAAACCAACGGACCACAAACAGACCAACAAAGCUGGUCCAUCAGUUUGAAGGAGCUGGCUGGCUCCCCUGUGAACCAGAGCAGGCUGCAAGCUGUCCUGGCCUCUCUGACCACCAAAUCAGAUGUGCUGGUCUUGCUCCAGGAAGCCAAGGCUCUCUCUGAGGUGAAAGAUGAUACUCACUUUGUGGUGUUCACCAAAGAGGAGGGCUCCGGGCUGGGCUUCAGCAUCGCCGGAGGGUUAGACCUGGAGCAGAAGGAGGUCACGGUCCAUCGUGUGUUCGUGACGGGGGUGGCUGGAACGGAAGGUACCAUUCAGCGGGGGGAUUAUGUCCUCUCUAUAAACGGCUCCAGUCUGGAGGGGACGACCCACGGAGAGGCCCUGUCCUGCCUGCACCAGGCCCGGCUCAAGACGCAGGCCCUGGUGGUGACUCGCAGAAGCAAGGACUGGGAAGCUCACCUUUCUCCUAGACGACACCUGUCCAGCCACCCAGGACACACCUGCCCCAAAGACAACGCCCUGGACACCACAGGAGGGGUGGAGCUGGGCCCAGACGGAGCCAUGAGGGUGGAGCUGGGCCCAGACGGAGCCAUGAGGGUGGAGCUGCAGAAGACCUCGGCUGGGCUGGGCUUCAGCCUGGAAGGGGGAAAGGCCUCCGCCCUGGGGGACCGGCCGCUCCACGUCAAACGCAUCUUCAACGGCGGCGCUGCAGAGCUGUCAAGGGUGAUCGACGUGGGGGAUGAAGUCCUGGCCAUCAACGGCCGUUCUCUACAGGGGCUCAUGCACUACGACGCCUGGAACGUCAUCAAGGCCGCCAGCGAAGGCCCCGUCCAGCUCGUCAUCCGCAAACCCAGCACCUCGGUGUGACUCAGCUCCCAGUGGACUGGCGACACGUGCUCCACAACGGUACAGGCUCAAACAAGCGUGCCAAGGCCAAGUUGAGAGUGUUGACGAGACUGAUCUAAAAGCUUUGUUUGUUCACUUUUAUACUUUUUUAUGGACUAUUGGACGGCCUAGCGUGGGGUUUAUGUGUCGACAGGUGCUGUGUGAAAUGCAAUGCAGAACGUUUGUGGUCUGUGUUGGUUGAGUUUUGUUACUGCUGUGUGUAUCCAUUUAUCUAGAGCUCAGAAAAAAACGACAAUCAGGCUUUUGCAUCUUUCACCGUGAACUUGACAAGACUGUUGGUGUGAUUGCAUAAGAACUUGAAACUGAAUCUCAACCCCAGUUUGUAGAGACGUGUGAUAACAAAGACUUCAGAAAGAAGACUUCACACAUAUAAGGAGCUAAAACUCGGAAAUCCGUACUCUUGAAAUGUGAUCUUUGUUUACCCUCACUUGCCUUUUAAAGCUUUCAUUCCCUUUCUCUGACCAUCCAUAUCUGUCAUGGGUCAAUACUACCAGCUAUUCACCUGGGUGGGGACGUUCACCUGUCAGAAGGCCUUUCAUUUCUCCUUAAAAAUGCUGUAUUUUUUUAAACUUUAGGAACACUACAGUACUUUUGUAGUUGCACUUGAACUUGUUUGUUUUCCUACAACUUGUAUUCUGAUUCUCCCUGUUGUUCACAAUCCAAGUGGACUGACCAACAAUUCAUCAUUUUAAAUUCAGUCACGCUACUUCAUAAAUCAUAUGUGUUUACUGUCAAAGCUUGAAUUUCUAAGUUACUCAUUAGUUCAGACCUAACAGGAUGUUAUGGAUGUGUGUGAGCCUGGUAACAGGCAUCGAUGCGUGGCUUUUAAUAGCACAUGACUAAGUCAGUUUCAGUUUCUUUCAUUCUUGUGCGUCACAAGACCUCACGAACCGUCAUUGCUCUUUGUGUAACUCGUAACUGAGGAAGUUAGAACACACCUGUGUCCCGCUAUAUCAGUUUCAUUUCCCCCCCAAAAUGUUGGGCAUUUUCCUGGAAAACAUUUUUUGCUGUUUUUCUGUUAAAAAUACAGAGACACAUUCUUAUUAGGAAAUGUCACCAGGUCUAUAUAGUAGCAUCUUUUUGAAAUAACCCCCAAUAUAAUUUUAUUUAUUAUACUUUUAUGUUUUGUAACAGGGGAAGGAAUCAUACUUAUCAACAUAACUUGUUGAUUGAAGCACAAGCAUGGACUUGUACAGCUGUUAAAACCACAAUUGCUACAUACCCAGCUCUUACAGAAAGCUUGAAGCACAAUUAUUUUUCAGAUGCGAACUGUAAAUACUCGUGUCUUGGUUUUAUGAACAUUUUGUUGUAUUAUUGUACCAUAGCUUUUGGCUAAGAUGUGUAUUUUAAAUAGCAUGGCAGGAUUUACGGUGUCUCAUUUUGUCAUUUUCAUUGACUCUCAUUUUGAAAGGUUAUGGGUGGCUGGUUAUGUCAUGUAUUCAAGCUGUAUCACAAAUUAUAUUCAUCUGAAAACCGGACAUGGUCUCCAAUAUUGAUCUACUAUCAAAGAUGAUGUGGCACAGUAAAAUAAAAAAGAAUAUCUAAAUGUUAAAAGUUUAAAGGAAAUUAAAGGCUGUUUUGGGGCUUCUGGUUAUCAAAAAGCCUAUGAAUUAUGGCAAUGUCUCUUUUCCCUGCUUGUAUAUAAAUAAUCUGGGGUAUAUUUUCUCAUUUUGUGUUAUCACGCUAAAACAUAAGAUGUUGCGUUAUACCCUCUUUCCUCAAUCAAACAUUUAAGACUGUUAAAUAGUGUAUAUUUAUAUUGUAGUGUAUAUUUUGUCUUACAGGGUUUGCAAUACCUGUAUUUCUAGAAUCAGAUAAUUUAGGUGUUAAAAAGAGAUGGAUUAUUUUGGAGAAAAUUCACCAAUGGCAUUUCUGUUGACAUUUGUUUUGAAAGAUUUUUUUUAUCUGUCAAUGUGCAAAACUUUCGGUAUUAUUAAGCAUGUAAAUUGUCUGCUUUACAGGGUGACAUGAUUCAUUUAUAAUAAAUUGAUUUAAUUGUC